UCAUUCCAGACACAUGCCGAAGACGCACAAGGUGAAGUCUGCAGCUGGAUGGAUGGGCUGAAUGCACACUGGACCACGGCCGAUCUCGGUAUUUAAUGGGUAGCCUACCUAAUUAUUUGAAUUUUCAUAACAAAGAUUGAGUAUAGAUUGAGGUUUUAGCGCCAACGUGCAGAGAAACAGACCGCUUCCAGCCCUUUCAAGAGGCUGGCUUUGUUCUGAAGCACAGAAAUCUCUGAAAUUUGUACGAGAUGGGUACUUUGGAGAAGGAAAAUAGGUCAGACGAAGAAAUAGAAUCAUCAUCUGAGGAGGAAGAGGUAGACCCCAGAAUCCAGGGAGAACUUGAAAAACUCAACCAAUCCACAGAUGACAUCAACAGAUGUGAAACUGAACUGGAGGAUGCAAGGCAGAAGUUCCGGUCUGUUCUGGUGGAGGCCACUGUGAAACUGGAUGAGCUGGUGAAGAAGAUAGGCAAGGCUGUGGAAGACUCCAAACCGUACUGGGAGGCCAGGAAGGUAGCCCGCCAGGCUCAGCUAGAAGCCCAGCGGGCCACCCAGGACUUCCAGAGGGCCACAGAGGUGCUGCGGGCCGCCAAAGAGACCAUCGCUCUGGCCGAGCAGCGGCUCCUAGAAGACGACAAGCGUCAGUUUGACUCGGCUUGGCAGGAGAUGCUCAACCAUGCCACUCAGAGGGUCAUGGAGGCAGAGCAGACAAAAGCACGCAGUGAACUGGUACACAAGGAGACGGCAGCCAAGUACACCACUGCCAUGGGUCGCAUGAAGCAGCUGGAGAAGAAGCUUAAACGCACCAUCAACAAGUCAAAGCCUUACUUUGAACUCAAGGCGAAGUACUACCUGCAGCUUGAGCAACUGAAGAAGAAUGUGGAUGACCUUCAAACCAAGCUUAGCCAGGCAAAGGGGGAGUACAAGACUGCCCUGAGGAACUUGGAGAUGAUCUCGGAUGAGAUCCACGAGCGCCGGCGGUCUUCAGUCAUCGGCCCCCGAGAACGAGGAGUGGGUGCCGAGGGCGACUUCAUCAGUGUCACCGGAGAUGAUGUCACCAGUUUCAAGCUGGAGUCGGAUGGCAUUUCCAUGACCUCAGAGACCUUUGAGGACGAGAAUAGGAGCACCUGCACCAUGUCCGAGGAGGACUCGGAGACCCAGUCCACCUGCAGUUUGAGCUCGGGGCCCCACAGUCCACUGGAGCUGCCCUGUCCCUUCAGCUCAGCCUCCCCGUCACCGUCCUCUUCCUCCUCCACUUCCUCGUCCUCUUCCUCCCCCACCCCUUCCACCCGGCCCUGCAGUCUGGACCUGCCCAGCACCGUGUCCCUAUCGGACUUUGGCCUCAUCUCCCCCAUCCUGGGUCCUCACAGUGAGUGCAGCGGCGCCUCGUCUCCAGAGUGUGACCUUGAGAGAGGUGACCGAGCGGAAGGAGCAGAAGCAGAACUAGACAAUGCCCUCAACAACAACAGCAGCAACAGCCUGGUCAAGAGGAGCUUCAGCCUGGAGACGCGCUUCCGCUUGCUGUCCCUGAGGCGCAGCCGCACGGACAGCGGCAAGAACGCGGAGCGCCAGCGCGUCAGUCUGGCUCGCCAGCCCUCCCCCUCUGUGCUGGUGUUGAACGGGGUGUAGCGCCAACGUCAUCCCCUCCGACCCCAAAAUGAUCCCCACACAUGACCUCCUCCACCCCCCCCACCUACUUUAUCCUACUGUGUGCAAACAAGGAAACCAGCCCACCCCCACCCUCCAUGUACCUUAUGACAUUCAUUUCAAGACUUUCAUGAGCGCCAAACGAUGACUGAACUAUAUGGUGGUCUACAAACCUGAAUUAUAUGGUGGACCUGGAACAUUUGAUCCGUCAACAAGAUGAAGAUGGUGCAUCUGAUGAGAACUUACAGAAUAUCACCGUGGGGUGUUAAAGAAAGUUUUGUUAGAGGAUAAAGGCAUUAAGAGCAAGUAAAGGAUUUCCCAUCUUAAGCUCAAAGAUGUAGUGGGGGUGUGUGAUCUGGCGAACACACAUGGAUGUGCCUUAGUGUAUGGAAUUGGCAGAGGUGGAAAAGUCCAGCUUCAGAAAGUAAAUGUCCAACCAUGUAUUGGAUCUACCUGUGCACUUAACACAGCUGCUCUGCCUGGCUGAAGAGUUGUGCUAAUUAGAAUCAGUUGGUUUAAGUGACUAGCUGGAACAGAUAUGUGGUAGGACUUUUACUUUCUGAAGCUGGACUUUUCCACCUCUGGGAAUUGGAUAGUGGUGGCUCUGGCGAAGUUGAAUGGGGUUAAUGGUGAGGUAUUUCUAUUGAAUGGCAAAACAGUUGACGAGGAAUGCAUGUGAACGGGAUGAAGUAGUGGAAAUCAGAUGAGCAGUGUGCACAACCAUAAGGAGACCAUCUCGUCCAUCCUUGGCCAUGUAAAUACUCCGCCUUUGCCUUCUGCAGUGCUGUUUAGACUGCCUGGCCGCCAGUAUGCACAGUAGCAAGACUAACUAAAGGCGUCGUAACUCCUCCUCCUUGGAUCACGGCAGCUGAUACUCAGCAGAUACUCAGCUGUGCAUGGACAAACACACGCAUGCUUUUAAUAUGGAGCCUCUCUCUGUCCGCCAGAGCAAAGAAAAAGAAGUAAUACGAUCUGUCUGAUGCUGGCCCAUUGUCAGCAUUCUCGAACCUUAACUGUGACCUUGGAAGUGAAGGAGUCACUUGGACCCUCUUGCGCUGUAGCAACAGACGCCUCUCUCUCUCUCCAGCUCCACCAACUCCCUGUGCCCUGUCCGUCUCCACAGUGCUGUUGCAGAUAAAUGGGGCCUCCCAUCACUGUUUGGCAGUGUGCAUGCUCUCCCAUCCAUCUUCCCGACUUCCACCCUUCCCUAUCCCACAGGUCACGUGCUACAGCAGCACUGCCGGAUGAUGUGUGUGCGAGACUAUAAUAUUAAGAUAUGAAGCAAUACUACUGUGUGUGAUGUGUCUUGUGAGUCAUAUUCUACUACUGAUGUCUUGACAUGUGACAGACAGACUGUGGUGAUGGGGAGGUCUUGGAUUUUGGUGGGGUAAAAACAUCCAUCUGACCUACUAACGUUUAAAAGAAUGGACAAUGGGGUAAGCGUAAUGCACUGUUAAGGAAAUGACCACGAAUAGAAGAGUAGAAUGUUGUUUCACCAUCAAGCUUUCUAUUGUACUGCUGCCGCUGCUAGUCUUAGAUGCCAAUGGCCAAUUUAGAGUGUCUAGACGAGCGACAGACAGUGGACUGUGUGGUGUUUUCUGUGGCCUUGUUCCCAGACAGAAGCCGGCUUUAGAGCAGGCCGAGCCCUAAUCAGGGUUCGGCCUCACUCCACGCCAGCUCCAGAACCAGCCAGAGUCUGGGCUCUGCUGACCCACAGUAUGGUUUUGUAUACUUCUGUGCACUUUGUGUCAUUAUAAUGUCUACUGAAUCUCUUUGCGUGUUACUUUGUGUGUAGUCAACAUGGAGGGUUAAAAGAAAAGUACAAAAUACAAAGAGGUAGAAUCCCUCCUUCCAGUAUUUUUUGUCCGAUUUUGUUUCUGCUACAAGCCUUUUUUUCUUUUUUCACAAGCCUGUGUAAGCAUUUUCUGCUGGAAAUAAAAUAAUAAAUGUGAAGUUAAGAAGUGCAA